CAUUCAUUAAUGCUAAAAAUAUUUCAAGAAAUAAAUAUAUUCAUAUGCAAUGAUAACUUUAGCAAUACUUACAUGAUAAUAUCAAUGUCCUGAUUAUUUUAUUACUGCUCCCUUUGUUUACGGAUAUGGAAACUUCUCCAGAUUUCAGAGAGGAAAAAUCGCCAAUUAAAAUGCCAUUACCGCUAAAUAGCGGCCAUAGGAUCGAUCAUGACAAACAGAGAUAUCCAAACUGUAUUGUCUGGACACCCAUUCCUUGCAUUACAUGGCUGAUUCCAAUUAUUGGUCACAUGGGCAUUGGCACCAGUACAGGAGUAAUAAGAGAUUUUGCAGGACCAUACUUUGUGUCUGAAGAUGACAUGGCUUUUGGGAGACCAACAAAGUACUGGCAAAUGGACCCAAACAAAGUGCGCACAAGGAAAUCCCAGCAUCCCCGGGAGACCUGGGAUACAUGUGUGUAUGAGGCUUCGGAGGAGUACAAGGGCAGAAUGCAUAACCUAUGUUGUGACAACUGUCAUAGCCACUGUGCCAUGGCCCUAGAUCUGAUGGAAUAUGACGGCAGUAGGAACUGGAACAUGGUCAAGCUUUGCUUUCUUAUGCUCAUCUACGGGAAAUAUGUCAGUGUUUGUGGUUUUCUGAAGACCUGGCUGCCAUUUCUGAUACUGACUGGAAUCAUUAUAGUGUUAGCUGCCGUACUUACCUGAUCGUACAGGCUGGACAGGCUGGACAGGGAUAUUGGACACAUUGUGGAUAUACCUGAUCGUACAGGCUGGACAGGGAUAUUGGACACAUUGUGGAUAUGUUGUUAAACAGGGAAUAAAUUAUAUUUGUAAACUGUAUUACAUGUAUAUGGGGUUUACUGUGAGGUUAAAUUUUGAUUAUGCAAAUCAUGGUUUUGUGAAGUAAUAUGAGAUCUUAUGUCCGAUUUAGCACUUUCAGGUAUAAUUUCUUGAAACAUAAUUAUCAUUUUUUUUAAAUAGUAUAAAUAAUGAUCUUUUAUUUUGUUUAGAUAACUAGGAAAUCUCUUUCAUUGAAUUGAAAGGAAUUGUCACUUUAUUUUGCAAAGGAUUUAUUUAUUAAUUAAAGAGUUGUUUUAUAUAUUAUAAGUGUUGUAUAUAUGUGUGCUGUAAACCAGUUUAACAUACUUGAACUUCACCAGAAUGUUAAUUGAAAUCCAAAAAUCUUACAAGCAAAUUGUGAUGUUGGAUUUUAAUAAUACUGUGUGUAAUGAGUGGUAAAAUGGUCAUCCUAUAUUUCAGAAUAUGAAACCUUUUGUUCAAAUGUUUACAAUUUUUAAUAAUAUGCUUAAAAUUAAAGAAAGGGAGUUUCAUUUACCAUUCAUCUAUCUCAUAUGUCUGCCAUUCUAAGCUAUUCUUAUCUAAUCUUACAUUGAUAAUAAUCAGGGAGGGAAUGACACGAUCCCCACCAAUUUUGUCAGUUUUAUAUAUUUUGGCUUUGUUGUAUUUGCAUUAUUACACAGCUAUUUUAUUGUAUGUCCUAGGUUUGUGUCAUGGUAUUUCUACUUUAUUCUAUGGAACUUUGCAGAAUGGAAACUAUUUUUCCUGCUCUUUGCAUGAUUAUAUGACUGUAAAAUAUGUUCGUAGAAAGUCUUUCUGAACAAAUUAAUAACUAGGGUAAUGCUUUACGUGCUCAUGCUGUUUUAGUUUGAUAUCUUGGAAUGAUCCCAAUUUUCUGUUAAUAUCUUUUCCUGUUAAGGAUUACAAGAGUGUGUUUCAUUUAACUCAUGGUGUUUGUUGUAAUGGUUGAAUACAACUGUAUGUUUUGUAGAAUCAGAUAGAUGUUAUGAUUGUUUAACAAAAAAUAAAAAUAUAUUUCUAA